AAUUCCAAAUUAAAGGGAAUCGUUCUCUUUGCCUCAAGAGAAUCUUCCGUACACCACACGCGCCUGUUACUAUCGCUUCGCUUCCACCAUUCCAGAUCACCCAUUCGCGGCGGCGAUUUUAUCUCUUCCCACCGUCAACCUCCAUCUCCGUCUCAAUUUCCGCCGGCAUUUCAUUCGAGCGAAAUAAAAGUUAAAACAUGUCGGCUGUUCAGACGUUUUUCAUUCAAGGCUCCGUUUCAAGUUUCUCUUCUUCACCGUCUGUUACCAGUUGUCGCAAAGUUUCCGUUAAAUUCACAGUCUCUUGUUGCUCCGCGGCAUCUCCGGUGACCGUCGUGAACGGUAAUGUGGAGAAAAGAUCUUCCGAUAGAAAUGAAAUUCGCCUCGGCUUACCUAGCAAAGGCCGAAUGGCUACUGAUACUCUUGAUCUUCUCAAGGAUUGCCAGCUAUCAGUUAGACAGGUGAAUCCUCGGCAGUACGUUGCAGAAAUUCCACAGAUUUCCAAUCUGGAAGUUUGGUUUCAACGGCCAAAAGACAUUGUUCGGAAGUUGGUAUCAGGAGAUUUAGACCUUGGCAUCGUUGGUCUCGACACAGUCAGUGAAUUUGGGCAGGGGAAUGAAGAUCUCAUCAUUGUCCAUGAUUCCCUUGACUACGGUGAUUGUCGUCUAUCUCUAGCUAUACCAAAAUAUGGGAUUUUUGAGAACGUGAACUCAAUGAAGGAGUUAGCAGAGAUGCCACAAUGGACACCUGAGAGGCCACUGAGAGUUGCAACAGGAUUCACAUAUUUGGGUCCUAAAUUUAUGAAAGACAAUGGGUUGAAGCAUGUCACUUUUUCAACCGCUGAUGGAGCCCUGGAAGCAGCCCCUGCGAUGGGAAUAGCUGACGCUAUUGUGGAUCUAGUGAGUAGUGGAACCACACUGAGAGAAAACAAUCUGAAGGAAAUAGAAGGUGGAGUCAUCUUGGAAAGCCAGGCUGUCCUUGUCGCUGGCAGAAAGUCCCUAAUGCAGCGAAAAGGUGUACUUGAUAUAACACAUGAAAUGCUAGAAAGGUUGGAGGCACAUCUGAGAGCUGUUGGUCAAUUCACGGUAACUGCUAAUAUGCGAGGAAGCAGUGCAGAGGAAGUGGCUGAGCGAAUAUUGAGUCAAACGUCACUAUCUGGAUUGCAGGGACCCACCGUAAGUCCAGUCUUUUGCAAGCGGGAUGGACGGGUUACAGCUGAUUACUUUGCCAUUGUCAUAUGUGUACCAAAGAAAGCACUGUACAAGUCUGUUCAGCAGCUGAGAGCGAUUGGAGGGAGUGGUGUCCUGAUUUCUCCGUUGACCUAUAUUUUUGAUGAAGAAACACCAAGGUGGCGUCAGCUCCUUUCAAUGUUGGGGCUUUGAUCUAUCUAAUGAGUGCCUCGCUUAUUUGGUUUUUCAUAACCACAGUACAUUCUUUUUUCGAGAGAGGCCAAAAUGUUGGAACUGGGACUCCAUAUGGGAGACCUAGUUGGGGAAAUCUGUGUUGUCAGUUAGCCGGGCCAAGUUUUAUUGUAUUGACGUUUAGGUUUCUUAUAUCAGUUUGCUGUAGAUUAAUAUCAGCUCUUGUUGUAACAAUAAUUUUGUCUUCAUUUUAAUGCCAAUGGCAAUUCCAAGAUUGCAUAAACGAUUUUCACCAAA